UUUCAUUCAGGCUUAGGUCGAUACGUACCGGGGUCGUAUCGUACAACAACACUUUACGGUACAUUGACAUAACGUCAAACGGGUAGAGCAGUUUUCGCUCACUAGUGUCGUGGACUCUGCGAAGUGCGCACGCGUGUCAAAAGUCAGGGCAGGAGUAAAGUGAAAGUGUGUGAGAAGGUGGUGGAUAGUGCGGCGCGGAUGCGAUUGCGGUAGCGAGCUGGUGCGGCAUGGAGAGCGCGGUGCACGCGGCAGUGCCGCUCCGAGUGGGAAAGAAGAUGCGGAAACGGAGGGAGCUUGACGCUUUGGUCGGAGGGGGAGUCUCCCGCGGGGGGAGGUUGCUCUCUGCCUCCAGUGAUGAGGGGGAGCCUUGGGGUAGACGGACCACGCGCCGGCGCCGCACCAGGCCCUUCGUCCGGCUUGCGGCGGGCCUUGCUCUCUGCGUAUGCGUCGUCUCAGCCGCAACCGUACUUUGGCUCUUCGUUGAUGUUCGGAGACAGAUCGUGUCCCUCCGCAUGGAAAUGGACAGAGUAACAACAAGCAGCGUCAGUGUAGGUGACGCGCUACAGAGCUGCCACUCGGCGGCAAAAGAGCUGCAGGCCAAUGCCAGCGAUCUUAGUAUAAGGUUGACUAAGUUAGAGUACGAGUACCAGGAGUUGACCAAGAGGGUUGACAAGGCGGCGGAGGAGGUGUCCAAGGUAUCAGAGAAGUUGGCAGCAGAACCAAUGCUGGCAGACACGCCAAGGAGGCUGGCUGACCUGCAACGCACUGUCGCUUACUUCGGGUCACAGAUAAGUGGUUUCGAAGAGUCCCUAAACCAAGCGCGUAAGCAAGCGACGACAGCUGUGUCUGGUGUCGACGAGGUCAAGACAAUGCUUCACACGCUGGAAGUCAGGGCCAAUGAAACUAUUGCCAAUGUGACGGACAACGGCAAGAGAGACGGCGAGCUGAAGGAACAGGUCGCGAGUCUGAACACCACGCUCGUGGGCAAGGUGGAGGCUUUGGAGACGAGGAUAGAACUGAUUAAUAAGCCCACAAGCACAGCAGCUCCUACCACUGCAGCCACGUCUACCACGAGCAGCACCACAUCCUCGUCUACCAGCACCACCACAGCGGCCCCUGGUCCGCCGGCAAAGCCGUUCGUUUUACAGUCACGGGAACACUAGAUCCACGAAGCAAAAGAGACAGAUUGCUCAGUAUCAAACUCAAGACAUUGCGUCCACAAAACAAAUAAGCGGGGUUACUCCGAAAAACGUUAUGUGAAAUAUCGAAUGUUGCCAUCCUUCUCACGCACAGCUAGAGCGACGGUGACAGAUAUACCUGAAACUACGUAACAGCAUUUUCGGAGUAGCCCUGAUGUAGGCGUACCGGGUAAAGCAAAGGAUACCCUCCAGCGUAACUGUUAAGGUUGAAUGUUGAUAGUUUUAUGGGACGAGUCCACAUUUUUGAAUCGAGGCGAUUCAGCCAUAUUCGUAGUCAAGUACUCAGUAUAGCGUAAGGUAACUCUGUAUGCAGAAAACGACUAGUAUUGUUGAUACUAUUAUUUUUAUUACGUCGUGUUCACAGGAGAUAUCAUCAUUCCACUACAGUACCUACUAUAGAUAAAUAUCGGGUUAUUUCGUUUAUAACGUAGAAACCGAUUAUUCAUAACAGAUAAAAAUAAAAUAAAUAACAGUUUCAUGGAAAUAAUUAUAAUGAUAAUAAAUUUAAUUUUUGUUUAAAUAAGUGUGGGGUUUUACAGUCUUGCUCAAUCUAUUAUUAGUUAUUUGCAUUCCUUUGCCGUUGCCCGAUACCAUAACGAUCUUACAAGACAUUGCAAUGGCUUCUAGAAAUAAGUGUUCGUUUAAUUUAUUCAUCGAUGAUAUUGGACCUUUGAAUGAAAAUCCCCUUUUUCGUCAUAUAUUUUUCACCGGAAAGUGGAUCAUUCCGAGUACAAAAAACGUACUUCUUAGGGUAAGAGUGACUGUGUCAUUUCAGUUGAACCAUGUCAGAGGUCUAUUGGUGGCUCUGACACAUGAUAGGAGAAAAAGUUGUUACGUGCUCAUUUUACAAUGGUGUGUUGAGUGAGUUUCAUGCUCAUCGUGAAAAAGUGCCAUUUUUUGGUGGCUGAUCUCUUAUCUUUAAGGUUUAUAGACCUAGGCUCCAAUGAGGUGAUUGAUAACUAGGUUUACUACUUAAGAGAAGUAGAUAAAUGUAUUAAAUACUUCUAACUUACAUUCGUCUAUACAAGUCGUUUUCUGCAAGAGUCGGAUAGUUUGGCCUUAAUAAUUUAGUUUGUUGGUGAAUUCCGUGGGCGUUGCCACGAAUGUACAGGCGACAGCACAUCAAGCUACGUGGCAUCUUAUGUAUGAUGUAAUAAGGUUUAUUUUCCAACAAAAAUAGUUUGAUUUGCUGUCGAUAGAUGUACCUUGUGAACCAUUAACGAUCAGUAAGAUAAGUUACGUCAUACAAUUUGCAAUAAGAGGCGAGUGAGAACAUACGAUACCAAUGUAAAUAUUAUAGUUUUACUUGUAGAGAAAUGUGAGCGCACGAGUGUUUGGAGUUGUCAAUAAGAGUGUGCGUUUUAUUACUUGUAAUAAAUUAUUGUUAAUAGAUCAAUUAUUACACAAAA